GGGGACGGCGUUGACGUAAAAGAGUGGCGACGCGCACCAACUUUGUUAUUGCCAAUUUUCGCCUCUUUUUAUUUUUAGAAAUCACUCAAAUCGGGAACUAAAUGGACUAACGUAUAUUUAGUAACAAAAAGCUUAAGUUAAUUGAUGCUAUCGCGAGUCUGUCGCACUGUGAGCAGUAAACCAAGUCUAAUUUUCGCUCACUGCUCGUGUUUGUUCGCCUUGUAUCGGGCAGUUUUCUGCGACCAUGUUCCACAACAGCUCACAGAGAAAAUAUUGGGUUUUUAAAAGUGAAGACGAAGUUGAGCAUAUGAGAUGCAAGGCCAAUCAUAAAUUCCGUAACAAGAUACUAGAAAGUGGGAAGCCCGGGGUGAGUGAGUCCAUGUUCCUGGAGCGUCACGAAGAAGACGUCUUAUUUAGACACUAUGAGAGGAGGCUGCUGGAUUUCUGCAACGCUUUUAAGCCUGCAAUGCCCAAGUCUGUGGUGGGUACAGCCACCAUGUACUUCAGAAGAUUCUACCUGAACAACUCUAUUAUGGAGUAUCACCCCCGGAUUAUCAUGCUCACUUGUGCGUACCUGUCCUGUAAGGUGGAUGAGUUCAACGUGUCCAGCACACAAUUUGUCGGCAACCUUCUGCAGGAAAGCCCUGCCGGACAAGAGAGGGUUCUGGAGCAAAUCCUGGAGUAUGAGCUGCUGCUGAUCCAACAACUCAAUUUCCACCUGGUGGUCCACAACCCCUACAGACCCAUGGAGGGCCUGCUCAUUGACCUCAAGACUAGAUACCCCACGCUGGAGAGCCCAGAAUCACUGAGGAAGAGUGCUGAUGACUUUCUGACUCAGGCAACCAUGACAGACGCAGGGCUGCUGUUUCCCCCCUCUCAGAUCGCUCUGACAGCUGUUCUGAACAGCGCCUCAAGAGCCGGUCUCAGUAUGGAGAGCUACCUGACUGAAUGCAUGGGACUGAGAGAGGACAAAGAGACGCUCUCAAAGAUGUAUGAAUCGAUGAGACGGAUGAAAACCCUCCUAAAGAAGUAUGAACUUCCCAAAUCGGAGGAGGUGAAUCCUUACAAACAGAGGUUGGAGAGGAUUCAUGCUGAAUUUGCCACUUCAAGCAACAAACGAAAGCGAGGGUAUGAAGAAGAUGGCCAUGUAGCAAAAGAACCACGUUUGGCAGAAGAGGAAUGGACAGAUGAAGACCUGCUAUGAACUCAACAUAGUUGUGGAAUCAAACAGAGUUUUAAGUUAUUAUACUGCUUAAUUCCAGGAUUUAACUGUCAAUGACCAAACCUAGAAAACACAAUAGUGUGUCACAAAGAGUUUGCAAGUAUGCAUGUCAUAUUUACUUUUCUACAUGACACUGCAGUCAGUCUUUGGUUUGCCUUUGUUCUGCAGUGAGAAUAAAGAUAUUUUUCUACAUAAUGUCGUGAUGUUUCUGUGGAUUAAAGGCAGAAUGGUGACAUAUUCCUUUAAAGUAACAAAGCCACAUACAUUUCUCCACCUUUGUCAGGGGACAAUGAAAGACUCCAUAAUCUACUUUACAAAAACUGUUUAAUAAGUGCAUGCAUGUCUGAUACAUUCUGUACUAUUCCAAAAAAUUUACUGCUGUAAACACUUUCAUUUUACUUGGUUUCUCUGAUUAUGUGUCUUGUCUGGCAUUCAGAAGUUUCAAAAAAGACUUAACCAAAUAAUCAAAAAAUAGCUGAUACAAUCGGAGGAAAAAAAAAAUUCAGCUCAUCUCUCUUAUAUACUCAUGAUUCCAGCAAGAGAAUUUAUUCUUAAUAUAAAAUAACCAUACUUUUCUGAAAGACUUUGUUCCAAUCUAGAAACCAAAGAAAGAAAAAAAAAAAAAAAAAAUAGACAGAAAUGCUAGUUUCAGCACUUUGCGGAUAUUGUCACAACCUUAAAAUAAAUCAGUCACUAAUUACAGUAUAAAAAGCAUUAUCGCUCAUAAUCCAGUUACCAGAAAAGGGGACCGAGAGAACUAGCUUCUUCUUGUCAGUUUCCUCAUAUUGAGCCAGAAGGGGAGGAGGGGUACACUUUGGCAACCUGUGCUGUCAAAACACAUAGUGGGUACAAAGAAACCUCAUUUGAAAUCUUUAUAUUUGGCCCUUGUGAUGAAGGGAAUGAAAUGUACCCAAGUCAGAAUCAUGAACACAGUUUAUGAAGGAAAAAUAAUUUUCCUGUGCAUACAGCUGUCAGUCACUGGCGCAAGUUUUUUUUUUCUUUUUGUUUUUAAAAUACUGCAUCAGUUGUUGUACUCAGCCGCUGUUGUUGCAUAGCUCUCUUGUGGUGAACGGGACAAGAUGGCAGGUGGGUGGGGAUGGGCGGGACUAUCAGAGGAGGACAUGAUGGAGGGUGGAGGGGUUGCCAUGGUGAUGAGGGUAGAGCAUGCUAGGUCUCCUCUGUGCUGCACUCCGCUGGAGGAGACUUGACGGAAGGAUGGGAAGAUGGGAGGAGGAGUGCAGUACUACC